ACUAGCAGAGUGGUUGGUGUCUAUUCGCCAUGCAUGUUGCAAAAGUGAGUGUCGUAUUACUGUUAGCGUUGUGUUCAAUAGUCAAAGUGCGCAGUGUUGAUCGAAAUGUCCUAGAUACUACGUUCUCCGGAUUUGCAUUUGAGAUGAUAGUUACGAAGCUAGAACAUUUACAGGACAAGAUGAACGAAAUGGAAGCUGCAAUGAAGCAGGAUCGAGAAAACGUUGAUCAAAAACUGGCUGGCGUCACUCGUACUAUAAGUCAGCUGGAAAAAACGAUUGACCAGAGUCUCACCAAUGUGAAGACUCAGCUGAAUCAAAUGCACACUGAGCAAACAGUCCACGCCAAACGAAAAAAAGAUGAAACAGGAGAUCCAAAAGCUCGUCUCAAAGAAUGAUCUAGCUCGGUUUAGAGUCAGUUCAAGUUUGUAUCUCCAGAGUAUCUCGUCACGGUCAUGCAUGGAAGAGCCAUCAAAGGAAUCGGGCAAGUACAUCGUGCAGCCUACCGAGGAUGAUGAACCAUUUGUGGGAUAUUGCAAACAGACUGCCUUCGGAGGAGGUUGGUUGGUGUUCCAGUACCGUUACGAUGGAUCGGUGGACUUUUACCGCAACUGGACCGAGUAUCGGAAUGGGUUCGGAAGUGUCGAUGGAGAGUUUUGGCUCGGGUUGGAACAUUUGCAUCGGAUGACAUCGACCCGACCACACGAGCUGUUAGUGGAGCUGAAGCAUUUUAAUGGCAGCUACAUGUAUGCUCUGUAUGAUGAGUUCAAGAUAGGCAGUGAGUUGGAACAAUAUCUUCUUAAAUUAGGAUCUUACUCAGGAACGGCAGAAGAUGCAUUAGGCGUACACAAAGGUGAGAAGUUUUCAACGAUGGAUCGGGACAAUGAUAAAAGUGAUGAAAGUUGUGCUAAGGCGUGGAAGGGAGCAUGGUGGUACUACAAAUGUGGUCAUUCCAAUCCAAAUGGAGUGUAUAUGAAUAGUGUUAGCAAAGUAGCCAUACAUUGGUCAAAAAGAAACUUCAUAGGUAUGGCAUACACAAGAAUGAUGAUUCGUGAAACUUAAAGCGCACCGCUUUGUUAUUUGUAUCAAUAAAAGAAGUUAAUAAAGCAUUAAUGUGGAUUAUGAGGACAGAAAUACUGGCACGAUUGAUUGCAACGAUCAUCAUAAAACGUUUGUUAUUUUUCAAAUGCAUGGUCAUUAGUAAGCGUUAUCACUGGCUACCGCGGCUGAACAGAUGACCAGUCAAUUGUAACAUUACAGUAAUUUUAUAUUAACAAGCUGUCCUAUGGUGAUAAGAAUAGAACCGGAGCGUUCAAAGCUAGAAGUGGUGUCUUGUUUCACAUGGAUGUAUUGAAUUAUAAAAUUGCACGAUUAUGCACACGAUCCAUUUUAGCGCGCUUCCUGGCAUUCAAUCCAAUUGAAUGGAAUUUCCCUGCUUAUCUGCUACCUCUCCGUCGUGUAAUCAGAUACUCAAAUGAAUCGCCCCUCUCUCUCUCUA